AUGGUGGCUCAGACGCGUGCAGGGAACUCUGCACCAAAGCGACUUGCUUUCAACGAAAAAAUUGUAGGAAAAGGCCUUGCAACAGACGCGCUCCUCAAGAAACUCAAAGCUCUCCACACCGAACUUGCCGAACUCGACCAGGAGCUCGUCGACGUGAAUUCACUAUCCGCCGUCCGCACCCAGCUCGUAAACACAUCCAUUCUACUACACAAAGACAGAGGCGUCAAGGCCUAUGCAGCAUGCUGUCUCGCCGAUAUACUCAGGCUAUACGCGCCCGAUGCCCCUUAUACCCAUACCGAGCUCAGGGACAUCUUCCAAUUCUUUUUCAGACAAUUAUCAACUGGCUUGAGGGGCGCAGAGGCAUCAUACUACAAUGAAUACUUUCACCUCCUUGAGUCCCUAUCAACAGUGAAGAGCGUUGUCCUCGUCUGCGAUCUACCACAUGCCGAGGAGCUUAUGGUUGACAUAUUUCGCGACUUUUUCGGCCUUGUACGACGAGACCUUGCAAAGAAGAUCGAAAUUUUCAUUGCCGAUAUCCUCGUCGCGCUCAUCGACGAGUGUCAAGCGCUUCCGUCCGAGGUAUUGGAGACUAUCAUGGCACAGUUCAUGGCCAACGACGCGCAACCUGCAUACCGCCUUGCCGUCCAAGUUUGUAAUGCCACCGCGGACAAGCUCCAGCGGCACGUCUGUCAAUAUUUCACGGACAUCAUCGUCGCGCACUCCCAUGAAUCAGACUCCGAGUCCAACUUCGAGGAGAUACGGAAGGCACACGAACUAGUCAAGCAACUGAGCAGGUCCUGUCCAUCUUUGUUGCACAGCGUUAUUCCGCAACUCGAAGAGGAGCUUCGUGUGGAGGAGGUGCAAGUGCGACUAAUUGCCACCCAGGCACUCGGUGAAAUGUUUUCAGAGAAGGGUGGGGCAGAGCUUGUUAAGAAAUACCCUACAACGUGGAAUGUGUGGUUGAUGCGGAAGAACGACAAGACUGCAGCAGUGCGGUUGAAGCUUGUAGAGAGCGCUAAGGGUCUUUUGGUGAAUUUGCAUGAUCACCGGGAAACUGUAGAUGAGCUAAUGAGGCUCAAGUUACUAGAUCCUGACGAAAAAGUGCGCGCGGCGGUUUGCAAAGUGUAUUCGCAAUUAGACUAUGAAACUGUAUUGCACUAUGUCUCCGAGGAUCAACUACGUUCUAUCGCUGGUCGUGGCAUGGACAAAAAGAAUUCAGUGCGAGUAGAGGCACUUAAUAGCCUCGGAAAACUCUACAGCAUUGCAUAUCCAGAAAUCGAGAACAACGAUUCAGCAGCGAUCAGACACUUUUCCUGGAUUCCAAACGAGAUUCUUCACAUCUCCAACUCCACACAGGAGGCAAGGCUUGCAGCAGAGCAGGUUAUCGCAGACUUCGUAUUCCCGCUCCCUUCUAGUUCCUCAGCGUCGACAUCCAAAAACGUUGAAGUAAAUGAGGUUGCUUGGACCGAUCGACUAUUGAACACGAUGGGCUACCUCGACGAUAGGGGGGUUAAUGCCGUGCUCCUCCUAAGUGGCAUAAAGGGUAGCAGGCCCUCUCCGUACGAGUUAUAUCUGCAAAGUUGUGUACAACAUAAUGGCGGUGUCAUCGACGAAGAUGAGGACACUGUGAAACAGCGACUCAACAACGUCAUUCGCCACAUUUCCCGACAAUUUGGGGAUCCUCAGAAAGCAGCAGAGGAUCUGCAUGCAUUUGCAAGGGCAAACGAGAACAGGUCUUACAAGUUACUGAAGACAUGCUUGGAUACCCAAACAGAUCUCAAAGGACUCGUAAAAGCGUCUAAUGAGUUCCUACGUCGGAUUGAGUCAAGUUCAGAAUCCAUUCUAGGCACUAUGACCGUGUUCCUUCGACGGGCAACGCUUCGCAUAGUUAACCAGUCAUCUAUUCCAACCUUGAUCAAGCGUGUGCAGAGAGCAGACUCGAAGCAUGCACAGACGCUCUUGACGUACAUCUCAAAACAUUGCCCUGCUCUGUAUAAGCCCCAUACUAGCGAACUGACAAAAGCAAUCGCGGACGAAAAGAACGUACGGCUCGUGGAAGUAGGUAUGCAAGCACUCGCAGCAGUUUCACAGAGCGAUGAAGCGUUAGCAGUUAACGAUAAACGAACGCUGGAGCGUGUAAUGCGCUAUGUUUUGGGUUCAAAUGCCCGUGUGGCGAAGUUCGCUGCCCGAAUAUUGGUAGCCUCCAAGGAACAUGACGAUCUGUGCGCCGAAGCUGUGGAGUCAAUAGCGAAGAAGUUGUCAACAGCAGAACCUGAUCUACUUGUUGCGCAUACCGCCGUUCUUGCCCAAUUUGCUCGGUUAGCGCCCGAUGCAUUCGAGCGCAAGAGCGAUGUCUUGAUGGCCUUUCUCGUCAAGAAGUUACUCAUGGUACCUAGUCCAGCGGAUCCAGACGAGAUGGACUCAGAUGCCGAUUGGGUGGAGGAGGAUGAUGUCCAACCUAGACUUCGCGCUCGAAUAUUAGCUCUCAAAGUGUGCCGCAAUCGAUGUCUUGCGCACGCAUCUACAGAUACAGCUCUUGAAGUUGCCACUCCCGUCCUGAAGAUGUUGUCAACUCUGCUUGAUCAUGCUGGCUCGUAUUCAGCUGACGCAACGGACGAUCCGAAGGUCAAAUCACGCAUGCGGUUACAGGCUGCGAUAUCUCUUUUACAUCUUUCUGUAGUAGACAAGUUCGCGACUGCCAUCAACACAAAUUUCAUCUCGCUAGCCAUUACCGUGCAGGACCCAUGCUAUAAUGUUCGCAUGGAAUUCCUAAUGAAGCUUUUUCCCCUCCUUACUGCACGCAAACUUCCCCCGCGAUACAAUCUCAUACCCUUUUUGACUGUGCACGAUCCUGAGGCGGACGUUAAGAACCGAGCCAUCUCCUAUGUUACACACGCAUCACGAAACAUAUCCGCAACUGCCAAAGUCGACUGGUUUGAAAUUAUAUUCAUCCGCUUACUUCAUCUUCUCGCACAUCAUCCUGAUUUUUCGACUGCACAUGAAAAUUUGCAAGAAAUGGCCAAAUACAUCGAUUUUUAUCUGGAUUUAAUAGCAUCUUCUGAUAAUGUGUCCCUGCUUUACCACCUUGCUAUGAAAGCGAAGACUGUUCGUGAUGGACAGUCGCAUACAUAUAGCGAGAAUCUUUACGCUAUGAGUGAACUCACGCAAGAACUUAUCAAGGCCCGUGCGCAAGCACGUUCCUGGAGUUUGCAGAGCUAUCCGGGAAAGGUAAAACUGCCUUCGGAUAUUCUCCGUGCACUGCCAAAUCCGGAGGCAGCCACGAAGAUCUUGAAGACUGUUUAUCUUCCUGAGGAAACAUCGGCCUGGCUUUCGGAAUCUUCCAGAACACAGAAGCCUGUGGGAACUUCCAAAGAAAAACGGCGUGAACCUCGAGAACCCAAAGACUCCAAAUCCCCUCCAAAAAGGAAGGCGUCACGGCACAGGGCCAAUGGGAGCACCAAGCGUGCAAAGACAGCUCGAUGGCACAGUGACCAGUCUGAAUCCGAGGAAGAGCCGUCCUCGGACGAUUCAGAGCAAGAUGACAGGGAGGACACACCGACCAAGCUGAGCUCGAAACAUGGAGACGGGUCUAGUGGACAAGAGAGCGACGACGAGGAAGCGAACGAGACAAAAGGGGAGCAAAAUCGUAAGCCAAGUCGUAAGGCAGGGACGCGUGCAAAAGUGUGUUGA